CACUUUUUCCAUUAAAUAUACGUAAAAAUGUACUUAAACGUGAAAGCAAUCAACAUUUGGUGAGCAACAAUGUGAUGGCCAGUAGAACCGUGCGGCGAGUGAAGCGAGGCAAAGGAAAAGAGACCAUUAACGCCUUGAAGGAACAAUUGCCAGCAAUCGUCGUCACCCCGCCAGACUUCACAGACAUGAAGGUCAAAGCCCCGGGGAAAACAGAGGACAAAAAUGUGAACAAAAACAUCCCACAAGACAAUAACACUACAGAUACCAUCCAACAGAGAAUAGUUUCACAAAACACAAUGACGGACUUCAACGUGAACCAACUCAUUGCCGAGCUCUCGGAGAACUCCAAAGCAUCAAAAGGUGAAAUCGAAAACAUCCAGAGAAGACUCCUGCAACAGGCCAAUGAAAUAUUGAAAGUAAACGCAUUUGCACACUCACAACCUGUACCCGAACCGCGGAUCAUUGAUUGUACACAAAAAUACAGUACCAAUAAACCUGUUUACGGCCGGAUACCAGUUAUAGUGCCGAGACACAUAGCUGUAUCAAAUCAGGCGCCUGGCCAAAUAGAAAUUUCGCGCCAAAACCUGACUAAUCCAAACAUGGCGACGGUGAAGGCCGACGGUCGACCGGACAAUCAACUCGACACACAACUAGUUCCAGAGAAGUUGCAAGAAAACCUGGAUAAUGGUAGAAUGAUAAAUAGCGCCCAGGGAAAUAUGCAAAGGGUCGCAGCGGCGGUAGACGCGGGAAGAGGUGUUUUUUUCUACGAAACGGGUUCUGCAGGCCGCGCGAGCGCCAGUGCGCGCGUCGCUCCCACACGAGGUGGUGUGGACGCAGUCCCGCCGUACAGGAUGCCGCCGGCGCCGGACGCUGCGCUGCCUGGUGCGCCCGCGCCGGUCCCCGCGCUGCACACACACUCCGCCAAGUUCCCUAUAGAGCGCGAAGUGAUCUUAUCAUCAGGUGACAAGAACUCGAAGGUGCCGAUCUUGCAGGACGCCAGAAAGCGAGGCAGACUGGGAGCUGUCGCUCCUGAUACACCCCCCAAAGCUCUGUCAGCUUGGACACACGGGGAGAACCAACAAGCUGGGACAUCCGGCGACAACUUCAGACAAUACCACGAAAACUACGCUUAUGCCAUGCAUCAGCAGAACCCUGGAGCCCGCAAUCUUGGGUACGAUACCCCAAAACCACCGGUACCAGCAAAAAACACAUACCCAAAAACAGACUCACCGAACAACUCACAACAAAUCACAGUCACAGUCGAAACAGGCAAAGACAAUACCAGAGAUGCUCCUAAAAGUGCAAAAUCUGUCAGUAAAACAUAUCACACAUUAAAAGAUAUGAUUUCCAGUAGGUUUAAAAGCAAAGAUAGUAAUGAUACUGAGAAGAAUAAUGAAGAGCCAAAUCUGAAUAACAGUGAAGAGCGAAAGAGAUCUGACUCCGAACAGGUGACUCCAAGAGAAACACCGAGGAAAAUGGAGCAAGGGAUAUAUGGACGCCCAAUGCCACAAAAUAGGCCAGAUAUUCAGAGUAGACCAGAGAUGCAAAGCAGGCCUGAAAUGCAAAGUAGACCCGAAAUUCAAGCCAGACCAGAGGUUCAGGCUAGACCAGAUAUGCAAUAUGGACAUACAAUGGCAACUAAUAUGGCUUAUCCAAGCCCAUCGCCGCACAGACAACUGAUGCAGCAACAGAUGGUGCAACAGCAGAUGCUCCUCAGUCAACAAGCCAGAUCCCAUGAGAUGUUGGCAUCACCGCAUCGUCCUCAGGCUUUAGGAGCUGAUGCGUUGUACCAACAGUAUGGCCCUCCAGGGCGACGUAGCGCCAUGUACCAGAGAGAUGUUGAUGUUAGGUCCAUGGCCAAUUUUACAUCGUUGAAGACGCCGCAAGCUCAGUUUGAGAACUCGCAUUCGAGAGCUGAUCUUCGUAGUCCACAACAGUUGGAACGAGAAAUUGUUAGACAAAGAGGCUUCCAUGAGGGUAGACGAGCGGCAUCACACCCGCAUCUCCUAGACGAACCGCAACAGAGAAUUGAAGUCACAACACCUCAAAUACACGAUCGAUCUAGAAGAAACUCCCAUGGGAAUCUUCUUGAAAGUACGAAUGAAACCCCACAAAGGAGAAAUGCGGAAGAACGUGAAUCUGAUGAUGGCGGCUUCCGAUCACGGCUUGCAGCUCAAGGCAGAUCUAGUUACGAGGAGCGAGUUCGAACGAGUGGUCGAUCAAUAGAGUCUCAGAGAGCUCAAGAAAACAUUUAUAGAAGAACUCCAGACAGCCAUAAAGAAGCUAGAAGAACGCCAGAUUCAAUAGGACAGAGAAACCGUGAGAAAGAAGAAUCAUCUGCGAGUCAAGUAGAGAGAAAUGAUGAAAAUACCAGCCAAAAGUCAGCUGAUAGCGUGUACAAUUCAAGUGGGAAGACAGAAACUUAUAAUCCUCAACCAUCGUCAUCUAGACAGACACCGAAUAGGAUAGAAGACCUUAAGGCCCAUGGAAAGAAAGGCGCUGGAUCUGGGGCUAGCUCAGACUAUGACAAAAAUGGUGGGCAAUCUUCAAAUGUGGAUUCUGGUCGAGGGAGCGUGGCGUAUUCCAGUGGACGAAGACCGGAGACUUUACACGAUACAUCAGCUGAUUCCGAUGCUGUAGGACCUUCAAGGACUCAGCCACAGCCGGGGACAAGUCAACAACCGGCUGGACAAGGACCUGAGAAUGAGUGGGCGGAUCUAGUGGAAUGUGAACUACGUCAGAUCUUGGAACCGAAGUUGGCUGGAAUGAGGCUGGAUUCUUCUGGUAGUUCCGACAGCUCCGUCACUCCACCCCUCCCUCCACUGUCACCGUCUUCCGACAUGCAUAAGAGAAAUAGCCUACCCGGGCGAUCAGCUGAGUACCCUGAAGAACGAAGACGAGGACGGGAAUCACCAAGGUGGCACUCACACAAGAAGCAUUCCUCAAAAAGGGACCACCAUUACAAGAAACAUUUAUUCGGCAUAGACACAACAGACAUGACAUCAACGACCACAAGGAGCCUGGACCUGUCUUCACUCCUGGAUGGCAGAACUGACAGUGACGCGUCAACUGGCGACGCCCGCGCCAUACGAAGACAACUUCGUGGUCUGGAGAACAUGUACGCCGAAGUGUUGCAGCUACUUGGUGUUAGGAAACCUGCCAGUUUGGCUAAGCAACCUACUUGGGAAUCUAGACUAUCCUCGAAGCGCCGUUACGGGAGUAUGUCAUCUCUGCCAUCGAGCUCUGUCAGCAGCCGACCAGUCAGGGACAAGAGACGAGGAUCUGAACACAGGAAAAAGCAUGAUCUUAAGGGCAUCAACAAGCGUUUCCAGCGUCUGGAGUCCCACGUGGUGACCCUCGCUCGGUCCGUGGCACACUUGUCCAGUGAGAUGCGAACGCAACACCUGGUCAUGCAGGAGAUGGAUGCUAUCAGAGCAGAGAUCGCCGCCUUAAGGCAUAUGUACAAGUCCCAGCAGUACAUACGCUCCGGCCACCAGCGACAUCUGGACCCGUAUUCGUUCUCCAACCCCGACCGCGUCAAGAGGCUCACCAAGUUUUUCGGAGACGAGCCACCGCUGAUGAGGCUGUUUCUCAAGAAGCUGGGCUAUGAGAAAUACGCAGCGCUUCUAGAGAAAGAGAAGGUGGGGGCAGCUGAACUUCCAUACGUGGGUGAAGAUAAGCUGAGGGCUUUAGGCGUGCCACUGGGGCCUCGGAUGAGGAUCUUGAAGGAGGCCGGUAUCCAUCAGGAGCUGCAUCACAUGCGUGACGACCCACACACCACCACUACUACACUUGCUAUCGUUUAGAAUUUACAACUGCCAUCUUUUUUUGACGUGACUUAUUAUUAAUCAUGUAGUAGAUCCGCCACACAUGGCUUUCACUACGUGGCUGGAGUUCCACUGACACUGAAAGACGAGAAAUACAAAGACGCCACACCCAAUACAAAAAGAUCAGACUCCAAAUUUACACAAAUUGACAAUUGAAAAAGAAAAACAGUGAUGUUGGUGGGAGCGAUCAUUAUGGUGGCGGUGGACAUCCCGAAAAAAAUGGAUCUCACUCAGCAUAAGCCAUGUAAGCCACUUGAGCUGCGACACUGGCCUCUGACCAUCUGUCUUUGGGCUUUCAUUCAAAAUAGUCUUGUCUUUGUCUCUCGUGUGGCGUUUACUGAGCCACCAAGGACCCCUGACGUGGCUCAUGUAAGGAUUACAUACUUACUUAAGUAAAUAGUAACAAAGGCCGACUGCUUAACGCCCUCCGAAGCGUGGAUCAAUUUACUUUCUGUCAAUUUGAUGAUCAGCUUGCAAUGCCGAACAUUGCAAUUGGGAACAAAGUGAUGCUUAUGAUUAUUUCCGCAGCGGGAAUCAAAACCGGAUCAAAAGACCAAAGCACUAACCGCUAGACCACGCAGCAGAGCAGAGCUGGAAGAUUCAAGAAGAUUUAUCGAUUGAUAACAACGUUAACAACGUUUUGUAAAACAACGUUUAUGUUGAAUGACGUUUUGAUUAUGAAACAUACUUAUUUAAUAUUAUGAUGUUAUAUGUAGUAAAAACUGAAACUAAUUGAUUGUUUCAAGAAAUAAAUGUAACAGAAUGGUCUCUAAUGAAAAUACUCGACAUAUAUCACAUUCCUUUGAUUUAUGGAUUUUAUAAUGGUAGAUAAUUAUAUUUAAAUGAAGACUUAAGACCAAUCCUCAUAGAUACGGUACCGGGAGUGUUUCGGAUUGGGAAUCGAGACUUUUUAUGAAAGUAUGCUGCUGUGCCACUAUGGUUUUGUGAACUGAUUGUCUACAACUCUGGUAUCAGGCCUUAGGCCCCUGACAUGGCUCAUAUGUGUCUAUCAUCAUCAAUAAUUUAUGAACCACGCUCUUUUCGAUGUAGCGUUCUCCAUUCUCCAUUCCAAGAUUCGACGUUUGCCUUCUCAUUAAAUUGUUCCAUGUAAGGUCUUUUUGGUGUUGCCUUUCCUUCCACCUUUCCUCCUGUGAUGUUUUUAAUACAUUCAGUCAUGUCUUAUUAAGCGUUCAAUCAUCUUGCGUCUUCUGUCCUCAUUUUUUUAGUUAGCCUGGAUUGUCCCACAAAGGCCUACUCCCUGCGCUUCCAUUUCUAGCGAUCUCUCUCCAAUCCGUCUGAAACGCGUCCGACCUGGACCUGGUCCCUCCAUCGCUUCCUGGGUCUGCCUCUGCCUCUGCGUCCAGGAGGUGUCUGUCCUCAAUAACUGUCAAUAUUUGUUUUCUUACCCUUACUCUACUACGUCGUCGUCCAAACUGUACCUAUCAGGCGACGGCUACUCCUAACUAUCUAUCCUGGGUCGUUGUUGUGGUGGGGUCUGAUGUGGCUAGCAAAACCGAACUUCGACCAGAAGGUCCGGUCACAUGGCACACAAUAAAGCUGACCUGACGAAUUGAGUGUGUAGUUUUAUGAGGUUUGCCGUCGAGUCUUCCGUAUUUGGCGCUUAGCGUCGAGGUCUUGUAAAUGCUUCUCUUCAAUAAAUCUACGCGCUUGUGAACGGUGCGGCGUCAUUCCGGUCUAAGAGCAGGAUCUUCUCAACUAACAGUUGGUACCACGCAUGACACAAGAUUGCGUUUAAGCACAUCUUUGUGGUUAUAAAGCUGAUAUUGUCCACCAUGUUUUCGCUUCCAGCUAGAAAACUCCGAAUAGAAAAUUGCUUUUAGCAAUCUUCUGUCAUCCAUUCGCACGAUGUGACUGCACCUUAUACUAUGUUCUUACAGUCAUGAGCAAUAUAAUGUACCCACUUUAGGACUCUGUCGCACUAACAUAUUUGACAUUUAGUGAGACUUACAGUUCAAUUUGUCAAAAAAGUUAAUGUGACAUGGUACCAAAGUGUAUAAAUAUUAAUGCUCGUGACCGUAUGAGUGUCAACGGAUGUGUACUAUUAUAAAAUAUUUAAAAAAAAACUGCCCUGGAACGGUUUUGGUACCGCCUCUAUGAUCUUAUAAAUCAAGACUGCUUUGUCUCUCUAAAUAAUGUAAUCUAAUGUAUUUAGUAAUGAUAAAUCAGUGUUACACUAUUGUUUAUUGUUUAUGCGAGACUUAAACUCUCUCCGAGUUAUUAAUUAAUCUUAAGGGCAGGGGGGUUCAAAUAGCCACAUCGAAGCAAUUCAUCUAAAAAAGCAACAUUGCUAUUUGAUAUUUUCGCAUAUAAAAGUAAGUGCGCAAUGCAAUCAAAUGUCAAAUAGCAAUAUUGCUUUCUUAGAUGAAUUGCUUCGAUGUGGCCAUUUUAACCCCCCUGUUUUCACUAACACAGUUGGGUCGACUAUUUUAGACGGUGAUACGGCUCACCACCUAUCACGUUGGUCUAAUAGAAAGCUCGGUGAGGUGUGGAUACUUAGUUCAUCUUGCGAUGGAUGUACCUCUGACUUCCCCAAUUGGGAUAUAGUCGCGAGCUUAUGAUAUACAAAAUUAUUAUAUGAAUAUGAAUAUUCGUAUUAAGUUCAACAUAAACAAUUUAAUAAUAUUAACUAGGUACUAAAUAUUCUUGAAUAGAUUUAAUUAUCUAUCUCCAGUAAUUAUAAAUACUACAAUAAUUAUUGUAACUAGGUAGUCCAUAAUUCUUUAAAAUAAUUGAAUUACAAAAUAAUUAUAGGUAAUUAUAUUACUUAAACAUUUUAUGCACACUGCAAUUGAAAGCCAAAGAGAUAUUCAGCGUGUAUAAAAUAAAUAAAAUAAAUAAUGUAACAAAUUCUUGUAAAUAAAUAAUAAUUAAAAUAAAUUUAACAAUGUAAAUAAAUGUACCGAAAUACAACGAAAUUACACAACGUACACACACACAUAGACUUUAAUACAUAAUUAUUUUUAUAUUCUCGUCAUUAUAU